AUGGGGUCAAAUUACCUUAAAAAAUACCUUGGGGCAUGUCUAACUCAAGGUCUUGUAGAAGUGGCCAGAAUUCACCCAGUGGAUCCAAUAGAAUAUUUGGCAUUGUGGAUCUGUAAGUACAAGGAAAAUGUGACUAUGCAACAAAUGAAAAAAAGAGAAAUGGCUGAGCUGGAGCAUGAACGAGAAUUGGCUCUAUUGGAGCAGGAGAUGAUGGAGAAAGUCAAAGCAGAGGAGCUCAUGUUUCAGCAGCAACAGCUGGCAUUUCAGCUAGAGUUGGAAAUGCAAGAAAAAGAGAGACAGAGAAUGGAAGAACUCCAGAGGAUACAAGAACAGUUGGAAAAGAAAAUGAGAAUGAAUUUGGAAAAUAUGAAGAGUGAAGAUCUUUCAAAUUCAGAGGAAACAAGAGCAGCAGACUUGGGCAAAACAUUAGCUGAAAUUAGUGACCGCUAUGGAGCACCUAACUUGAGCCGAGUGGAAGAGCUUGAGGAACCAAUGAUGUCUGAUGUAAGCAUCUUUAGGGAUUUUUUUUUAGUGUUUUUGUCUUUACUUAAUAAAGCCUGA